UUAGAGAUCGAUCGUCGUCGUCGUACCCGUCAGACUCAAGGAAAAAGAAAAAAAGAGAUUCCGCCGCACGUUGUUCUAAUCGAAAAAAGCGACUCUCAAUAAAUCUGUCUUCCCUUUUCUUUCUUAAACUGGAAGAAGAUUAAUCAAUCAGACACAACAGAGAUAACUGAUUUAUCCACUUCAAACAAUACAAACCUUUAAAGUCUUCACCUUUAUAGAGAGAACUUUUAAUGGUGUGGUUGACGAAUCAACAGAUAGGGAGAUGGAAAAGGAAACGAAUUUUGGUUGUGGGAUCGUUCCUCUGUUGGUCAAUCAUCAUGUUCAUCACUCCCAAAGUUCCUCUCGAUUCAUUUCGCCAUCAUAUCUUCGCCGAUAAACGCAAUUUCAUGGGAGUGCCUAAUACAUUGAAUGUGAUGACCAACUUUCCCUUUCUUAUCGUUGGAGUUCUUGGUUUUGUUCUUUGCAUUGGAGGAAGCUUCUUCAACAUAAGUUUAAAUGGUGAGAUCUGGGGAUGGACACUGUUCUACGCAGGCAUUGCAAGCUUGGCUUUUGGUUCUGCUUUUUAUCAUCUCAAACCUGAUGACAACAGAAUCGUCUGGGACACUUUGCCUAUAUUGAUUGCGUAUUCGUCGCUUUUCUCUAGUUUUUUGGUUGAGAGAGCGGGGGAGAAAGUGGGACUUAGUUGCCUCAUCUUGCUUCUAUUUAUAUCAUGUCUCAGUGUUGCUUACGCCAGAGUGUUUAAUGAUCUCCGGUUAUGCAUGACGUUCCAGUUGAUACCGUGUCUGGUGAUUCCCGUCAUGGCGGUUUUGUUACCUCCCAAAUAUACACACUCUAGAUUCUGGCUCUGGGCAACAGCGGCGUACACUAUUGCCAAGAUUGAAGGACUUGCAGACAACAAAAUAUACAAUGCAAAUCGAUAUAUCAUCAGUGGGCAUUCACUGGAGCAUUUGUGUUCUGCCGUGGCUACGCUUUUACUUACCAUUAUGCUUUUGUAUAGAAGCAUUCGGUUUAAUAGGUAACGUUUUUUCACUGACUCUUUCUCUUUGAUCUUUGAGUUCCUUGAAACCUGAGAGGAUUUUUCACUUUUCUUUUGUAUGAUGGAAACUAAAACAGAUUAGGUGAUCUCAAAGGCCGUCCUUGACAUUCAUUACUGACUCCUCAAGUUUUUUUUCUCUUGUAUUUAGAUGCUUCUGGAUUCUUGUAUUACAAAUUUUGUUUGGUUGCUAGAUAGAUUUUGACCCAUGAUCCCACUAAAACAUCGUUAGCUUGGUGUAAUCUUGGUUUCUGGUUCUGAAACAGCUUUGGCUUUAAGGUUACUUAUUCAAGUCUUAUAUAUGUGUUUG